AUGUCCUUCAAUAACCUUAUGAGACGGAGGGCCUCACGUUCGGCCAUUCAGGCCACGAUAGCAGAGACAAACCGCAAUUAUCCUUGUGACCUGGGCGAUGAGUUCGAAUUUGAGUCUGAAACUCAAAGUUUAGGUGGUCUAGAGGAUGUUAGAGUGCUGAAUGACCCUACAGGUAAUACUAUCAGUGAAAGUUCUAAAGCUACUGCGAAUAAUACCGAUGUGCGGACCGAUGAACUGGCGAUCCUAUCAACUUCUAGCUCUACUUCGGAAUCGAUACCACAAAGCAAUCAACGACAGUUUCUUUACUCAUUGACUUCUAAUAACUCACAAAGAAUUGAUGAAUGGUGUAUGAAUAGCGAACUAAGUGGACUCACGGAAGCAAAUAUGGCUUUAAAUCCCUCUACGACUUGUUCCAGAGUACAAGAUAUGGUCAAUUCUUGGGGUUUGGAUCAUGAUGGAAUACCACCAGAGGCUCUAGGGAAGAAUGUUACAAUACUGGCAGCCAAACCAGAUAAUUAUUCUGCAGGGUUGUUGAAAGGUCUCAGUGAUGAACAAGUUAUCAUCGUUAAACAAUUGACGAAAGAACUGUUGCCUUUGUUGAGGAAUAGUCGUCGAACACAUUCUGUGUUUACAAAUCGAUAUAGAGAUAUUCCCUCUGUUUUCCCACAAAGAGAUCUAAUACUUGCUUGUUCUCUGCGAUACAACGACUCGGAUUCUGAUGUCGUCACACAAUCAGGCUUAUCUGAAAGUCUUGCUACCAUUAGCCUUGAUGAUACCCGUUCAAAUUCGUCAUUGACAAGUAUUUCACGGUUGGGUUGGACUUUGGUCCCAAGGUUAACAGAGAAUGAUCUACGAUAG